AUGCGCAGAAAACUGUGGAUGCUAAUCUUAAUCUGUUUACCAUUAUUUCAUAAUGGACACAUUGUUGUAUCUAAGUUGUCCAAAGCCGACCGACGGAAAAUCAAAUUGUCACCUCAUGCAUUAACGCGACUAAAUCUAUCAGAUAAUAUGCAUUUAUCCUUCCACAAUCGCUCACAAUCUACCCAAUUAGUCGGAGAAUGGCUUAGUGUGAAUUCCAGUAAAUCUUUCCGAAAACCCCCAAUGAUUGUGGAGCAUUCGCCGGCGUUAAACACCGUUUCCCAAGGAGAUAAUAUAACACUCUACUGCAGAUGGACAGCGAAUCCACGUGCAAGCGUGUCUUGGCAACGUGGCUCUGUAAAACGAAACUCUGCGCCGGCCCUAUCGAAAAUAGAUCGAAGCGCACACAUCAAUAGGACAGCCAUUUUUGGCCUCUCCAGAUGGAUACAGUCAAGGGGUCCAGUACCACGUUCAAGUCAGUUAUCGCUAAUUGGUUUUCAGCCAAUCGAUGCGGACGUAUACUCAUGUGAAGUUAAAAAUUCAUUCGGCCAUGCAACAGCAUUUAUGCGAGUAAUUGAGAAAGGAAAGUUUCUAUUCACUCACGAACCGCGAAAUCAAUCGGUGCCUGAAUUUACUCCAGUGGUUACACUCGACUGCCACGCUGUUGGUGGACGGUCUGUUAUCACAUAUCGAUGGAUUAAGGAUGGCAGAGACGUGCAAAAAUUGAGCCACUUACAAUUUCGGUUCCGAGUGUUUCCAAACGGGUCGCUUCAUCUUUUCAACGUCAGUCGGUACGAUGCCGGGACGUACACCUGCUGUGCCCAAACAAUUCAUUGGUAUGGAAAUGCCUCUGCAACCCUGAAAUCUCCGAAAGAAACAAUGGAAGCCUGCUCACAGGACGCCACUCAUCUCUCCUGCAUGCUGAACGUUUUGUAUAUUCCGCGGGUGCUUCAGUGGAAAGAUCAGCUCGUUUAUCUUGGCUUCAAUGGUCCAGGGUACCUGCCGUGUAAAAUAGAAUCUUAUCCCUCGGUAGACCAAGUCGAAUGGCGCAGAGCAAAAAGCGAUGAGCUUCAGUUAUCCUACGACAUUGACAUCUACAGGUCGAGUUCCCGAAUUCCUCAACAACUUUUAUUUUUUAUGGAUCAGCUCCAUAGCUUGAAAAACUACAGAAAAAAUGUGAAUACUUACCUUUUCAAGUGGGAUUCGGUUGACUGGCGCGAUGCUGGUCUCUACCAAUGCCGCGGACGGAAUUCGUUGGGAUGGAGUCCUUGGUCUGCCCAUUUUGAACUUAUCGUCAAAGAAUUUCCGCGGUUCAAGAUACGGCCACCUGUUCAACUGACAAUCAACGGAAACACUACGGCUCACUUGAAGUGUACAGCUGAGGGUGACCCACCACCACACAUGGACUGGUUUUUGUCAGACAAAUCAGCAAAUUUGCCUGGAUUCCAUGUCAGUUCACUUGACCCUACUCUGGAAGAACCCAGUCUAAAUGUCCUACAGGCAACAUAUGAAGAAACUUUUGCUUCACCGUCGACAGUGGAAAGUUGGCGAAAUUCACCUGCAUUCAAGCCAUUGCCAAAACAUGCUAGGAUAGAGGCAAAUGGAAGCCUUUCUAUACAGUAUCCUGGUUACGAGGAUGCUGAUGAUGCUGCCUAUUGUGUGGCUUCAAACGUAGUUGGAACAGCGGUGGCUACUACAAGGUUGCGAUAUAUCAAAGGAACGGGCUCCGUGAAGGCAACCGGGCCCUUACUGCUACACGUGGAGGUACAUCCCGAUGAAUUUGGAGCAUGGAUUUUGUGGAAUGAAGAUGACGAUGAGUCUCACAAAGUAUGGAAGCUGCUGAACACGAAACGCCACGCCAUGAGAAGUGGCUUUCAGCGAAAUGGGGAUCUGAGCUCCUUUCCUUGCAGAUAUGUCGUAUAUUAUCGUUUAAUACGAACUAACGAAUCAUGGGAAUCAUAUACUAUGCCAUCAGCCACCGUUCGUAGGAUAUGGAUCGGAGGACUUAUUCCAGAUGAGCACUACGCUUUCAGAAUGUCUUUGUGGUGCAAUCUCAACUCGGCUACUGCGAGUAGUACAACAUUGCAAGUUAAAACUCGACCACAUGAUAAGCACGUGACCGAAGAAAAUCACUUCCAGGAACCUUCCAAUUCGGAUGUACCCAAUAUACCCAUCGAUACUGAACAUGUUCAGGAACUGCCCAAACCGUCUGGCCUUCAGCUACUCUACCCAGUGAAAACGAAGCUUUCACAUUUGGAAAACAUCACAUAUCCAAUUGGGUUGCAAUGGAAAGCGAUUCAUAAUAUCAAGUCUACAACUUAUGACGCAGUCGCAUUAUUUUACCGAAUAGAAUACAGCGUAAAGCCAAGUCCCGCUAUUCCGGCCAAUCUCAUUAGGCGGAUAGGCACCUCCAAACCAGAACAAAUACAUCAAUGGUUUACUUUGGCGCCAGUACGAGUACCAAGCACUACUUUCCUAUUUCACGCCGGAUCGGAGCACUCCGAUUUAUUCGCAUCCUCUGAUAGAGCGACUGAAGUUCACUUGAUAGAGAAAUCGCAGGAUCUGCGCUUUAGAUUGCGCAGUUACGGCUUAAUGUGCAUCAGCGAACCUUCGGACGAGGUCAAGGUUCCGCAGCCUAUUUUAAAUGCAGUACUCCUACUUUUAAAAUCAACCGUGCAGCAUGAAGAGCUUUUGCUGAAAACAUUUUUUCAUCUGGAUUUGUUUCAAGCUGAGGAGCGGCCUAGCGCAAACACUAGCCUCCAACAUAACGGACAUGUCAGGACAGCAGGCGGCGCAUCGAAACGCGGAGAUAAUUUCUGGUAUCCACUGGGCUACUCCAUUUUGAGCAUACUUCUCUUCACUUUUACUGUAAUAUGCGUGUAUGGAAUGAACAGGUCGGGCUACGCUUGCACAAUGAAAAAGGUUACCGUGAAUGUUCCCUCUCUGGCUCCAGCCAUUUGUUUAAGCAAAUCUUUCUUUUCUAACCGUUUCACUCCACUGACGGUAGAAACCACUAGGCAGCAUUCGACUGCAAUCAGAGAUCACGUGAAACAAGUAGACACUAUAAUGCGUCCAAGUAACGGGCGCCGUCAAACACGAACUUGCAGCUGGGGAAGGAUGAAUAACGAACUUCGUGACAGCGAGCCUUAUCUGUUACCGCACACACACACGACUCCAGUACAUGCAAUCCGACAUUACGACAUGCAACCCGUCUGGUCUUGCGGUCAUUCUUGCGAUAUUCAUUACACCGGGAUCAAUUGCAGCAACAGAAUCGAACAGAUAAACCCAACGAACGAUGUAUAUAAUCUCAGUGUGGUUCAAAUGGAUAACUAUGAUGCACAGUCGCACAGUUUUCUAACCGAUUCAUUUGAAGCUUCAAAGCAAUUGAAAUUCACGGAAUGGAAGGACGAAUGUUACCAUGACAAAGUGAAGUAA